GUCCCGUGAUUAAAUGUCAAUUUAAAUUUACUUUUCUAUCCUAGUUUUUUAACCCUAUAUCUAUAUUUUUGGUGCGCAAAGUAUAUCUGUUGUAAUAAUUCAUUAAAUUAAUGUAAUAAAUAAAUUAUGGUAUAAAGAAAACUAUAUUUCCUAAUACAUGCGUAAAAUAAAAUAAUGAACUGUGCACAACUAAUUCAUUCCGCCAUGUUGAAUUCCUUAACAUAAAAUAAUGAGUACCAAAAAAGUGUGCAGCAAUUUUAUGCAUUAAAGCGAUUUUGGAUGUUUAUAUUAUAAUCACGAGUACCUAGGUUACUGGAUUUAAUAUACACUCAAACAUCAGACUACAAGAUGAGAAGAGGUUCUCAUGAUAUGCAAGUUAACGUGGCAGGUAUUAGAAGAAACUUGAAAAAUUUUGCCCAUAAUUAUUCAGAUGCUCAAAAAAAAGUAAGAGAAGCUACUUCAAAUGAUCCUUGGGGUCCCAGUAGCACGAUAAUGGCUGAAGUUGCCGAUUUAACCUAUAAUGUAGUGGCAUUUAGCGAAAUAAUGCAGAUGAUAUGGAAAAGAUUAAAUGACCAUGGAAGAAAUUGGAGACAUGUAUAUAAGGCUUUAGUAUUAUUAGAUUAUUUAAUAAAAACUGGAUCAGAAAAAGUAGGACAGCAAUGUAAGGAAAACAUAUUUGCCAUUCAAACGUUAAAAGAUUUCCAGUAUUUAGAAGAAGGCAAAGAUCAAGGACAAAAUGUAAGAGAAAAAGCAAAACAAUUAGUAAAUUUGUUAAAAGAUGAUGAGAGGUUGAAAAACGAGCGUGCAAGAGCAUUGAAAGCAAAAGAACGUUUUGCUCAAAGUGCGAGUGGCUUCGGAAGUGAUGGAGGUCUGGAUACCCCAACUAGUCCUAAAUAUCCUGCCUUUAGAGGUGACUGGAACAGCAAAGACUCAACUGAUUUGCCAAGAGAUAUAGAAAUUGCCAGACCCCAAACUGCUGGAGAGGAGGAAUUACAAUUACAACUAGCCUUAGCGAUGUCUCGUGAGGAGGCAGAACAAGAGGAGCAAAAGAGAAAAUCUGAUGAUGUUCGACUUCAACUAGCUUUAAGUCAAAGUCAGCAGGAUUUUAA